GAAAUGGACAAAAUUGACCCAGUUAUGGAAAUAAAAGAGCAAAUUGAAGAGCUGAUGAAAAAAGAGAUUUUAGUGGAUGUAGACAUUCUGCUCAGACAGACAGAGACAGUGACUAAAGGACGCAUUACCAAUAUUCAGAUGGUCAAGGUUGAAGAAACUGCACUCAGUUUAUGGAAUUGGACCAUGGCAAGAAAUAAAAACUGUGUUAUGGCUGAUGUGCAGAAAGUUCAGUUGCACCAUGUAGCCUGCAAACUGAUGAAGUUCUGUGAAGGAGAUGAUCCUUCUGAGGAGAUAGUGCGGAGGCAGAUUUUGAUGGCUAUAAAGACUGGGAAAGGCUAUGUGGAUGUUGGAAAAUCUGAUCUUGCCAAUGAAUUCUUUGAGAUUGCUUUGGAUAGUCUGGAAAAACUCUAUGCUCUGCUGAAUAAGAGGAGUACUAGAGAGACUGAUAUUUGUGAACACAAAUCUGAUAUAGAGAAGGGUGUGUUCAGAAUUCUCUCUUUCCAAGCUGAAUCGGCAGUUGCUCAAGGGAAUCAUCAGAAAGCAGUCACAUGUGUUCUUCAGUGCAAAAACUUCCUAAUGAGGCUGCCCCAAGAGACCUGUUACCUCUCCCGCCUGUGCUAUAACUUUGGUGUGGAUGAAUACACACAGAAGAGAUAUGAAGAGAGCUCCUUUUGGCUCCGCCAGAGUUACGAAAUUGGAAAGAUGGAUAGGAAAUACUCCAGUGGACAAGAAAUGCAGGCUAAAGUACUGCGGUUACUAAGUACUGUCUAUCUGGAUUGGGGGAACAGAGGUCAUGAAUACAAAGCUCUCAUGGCUGUCAACAUGGCUAAUGAGGAAGAUUUGCAUCCAGCUGGUUUGUUCUUGAAAAUUAGAAUUCUCCUGAAAGGUGAUGUGCUAGGUGCAGAACUUGGCACAGCUAUUGCUGAACUUCUGCGUCAUGAGUUUCCUCUAGAUUUUUUUGUGGAUGUAGCAAAACUGCUUCUGGAGCAUGAGAGGCAGACCAUUGUGCUAGGCUUUUUGGACUCAGUUGCUGAGAAGUUUAAAGGAUUCCCGGAUGUUGGCAAAGUCAUUCUUCUUCAUAUUGAACUCCUGAUACAAAGAAUGAAUGAGUCGCUUGCCCAAAAUAUUAUUGAAUGUGUUAUUGCAGACCACAACCAAGGAAAGUGUCUGCAUCCUGAAACACUGGACCACUUGCACCAUGUUCUGUGGGAUAGAGCUGCCAAGUACUAUAAGGAAGAAAAGUAUUAUGAAGCCCUUGAGUGGUAUACUUACUCAUUCAAACUCUACUCAAGUGGACAAACAGACAAGAACAUUGCAAGUUUGGAAAGGAAUAUGGCUGCUUGCUUUCUUCGCUUGAAAGAGCCUCUCAAGGCUAAGGAGGCAUUGGAGAAAGCAGAGAGGCACCAUCCCAACUGCAUAUUCACUUAUUUUUAUUUUUAUAAAAUUGCCAUCCUAGAGAAUGAUAUGGAAGCAGCUUCCAAUGCAAUUGAUGAAAUGGAGAAGGCAGUAACAGAUCCAGACUCAAAGACCUGGAUGCCAGAACAAAGUUUGGCUAGCCUCCUGAAAUUAGCUGCCCAGUUUGCUUUAGAGAAUAAGCAACAUUGUGCAGCUAUAAAGGCCUUGGAGUGUUUAUCUCUGCACUUGGACGACUGUGGACUAAUAGCUGCAAAUUUUAAGUGUUUGGUUCCACUUAUAAUGUACGAAAUCACAGGAAAACCCAGAGAGGAGAUAACUGCUGAUUUGGAGAACCUUCUAAAAUACUUGACUGCAGCGUACUAUAGAUAUGAUGAAGAAUUCGGAAAGGACACAAUGACAUUGGAAACAAGAGUCAGUGAAGUUCAGUGGUUCAGGAAGACUGCUUGGACCUUUGCUGCCCUGUCCGGGAGCUGCCUGAGACUAACAAAGGAUUUAUUUCUAAUUUCAUUCAAGUUCUCUCAGCUUUGUCCUUCUGACAAAACUGUUCUGCUUGACCAGAGAUCAUGCCUGCUUAUGGCUGCUGCCAUUGGUCUUGAAAUAGGACGGAGCAGCUCUACUGACCAGAAAGAACUACUGAUGGAGGCCCUCCGACACAUAGAGUCUUGUUGGAAUAUUGGGAUGUAUCUGAAGGAAACUGGCAACCUUCCCGAAGACCCAGCAGAUAUAUUACUUCUUCUUUAUGAGUUCGAAGCAAGGGCGAAGCUCAACGACCCAAAAGUAACCAGUCUUCUGGAUAAAACGCUGCAAAGGCCCAAUAUUGAUAUUAAGACGCUGGAAACAAUUGCCUCGCUGGCCAUGGAGCCACCAGCUUACUACCCUUCACUCGCCAAGAAGGCCCUCAGAAAGGUUUUGACUAUUGUUAGCAAAUGUGUACCCUUGGAUACACUCACUUUCAGCAAAUGUAUACAUAACUUGAUUCAGCUUUCUCUGCCAUCUGAUGUGGCUGGAGCAGACGUAUACGCACUGGCGGAGUCAUGGGCCUAUUUUGAAGAAGCUCUGAAGACUUUGGAUAGUAUGGUGCUGCGGCCCAGUUAUCCAGACGCAGAAAUAUUCUGGCUCAUGGUUAGAGCUUGGAACAUAGGAGUAUAUCACAACUCUUUUGGCAGAUAUAAUAAAGCUGAGCAAUGGUGUCGCGUAGCAAUGUUCUUCUUGAAUCACCUGAGAGAUAUAUGUAGCAGCUACAGGAGAAAGAUGACUGGCUUUUACCAAGUAUUGCUGGGCAGACUUCCAGGAGCAAAUGGACCCUCUCCAAAUAAGUGA